UUUCAGCAAAAAUGAAUGAUCCAGAGCAAUAUGAGCCUUCUUCGUCGACAGAAAGCGUCCUGAUGCCUCCACCCGCACUUCCACAGUAUUUUCAGCGGCCAGCAGCAGCUCCACAAGUUUACUCCACUCUUGAGCCAUCUGUUCAAAAUUUAAGAUCGUCGUUGCACAAGCCUCUCACCGGAAAUCAGCAACAAUUUGUGCAGAAAACGCUGGAAAAUGUUCAGAAAAAUCCAUCGCAAGACGACACACACGAGUUCAUCAAUCAGCUCGCCGACUAUCCGCCGACGAUUCCCGAUUCUGUAACAUUGCACUUCUUGAAGUCUGCCGGUGUUGAUGGAUCGGAUCCGCGAGUGACUAGAAUGAUCUCGCUGGCGGCUCAAAAACAUGUUUCGGAUAUUAUUCUUGACGCGAUGACAAGUGCUCGUAUGAAAGGUCUCGGACAGACGAAAAAAGGAACGAAAGACACAAAAUACACGCUCACAGAGGAACUUCUCGAUGAAAUUCUCAAAGAAUACGGACACCAGAACACUCGUCCACCAUAUCACACCUAAUUUAUAAUAUACCAACAUGAUACUCCUCAAUGGGUUUUAUAAUGCUUUACAUUUAUUUUCCUGUUUUAUGAAUUUAUGCCGUUU